UGUGCGACCACCGCGUGCGUGAGCUGCACCCUUUGGCAUGGAGUACCAGCCGCUGCCGGACCGCGCCUCGUGCUUCCCCACCAGCGUGUGCGAGGAGCCCUUCAUCGAGACCAUCCCGCCCACGCUCACCACAGACCGCCUCUGCUCCUGUGACACGCUCGCCUGCAACAAGCUCAUCACGCAGUUGUUUCAGAAGAUGCUCGACGUGGUGCUUGAAGUGUGCUGCUCUGGCCAGGGCAAGGAUGGCAUCCACGCCACCAUUCGCCAGAUGGACGCCUACGCGGCACGCCGCUCCUGCCCAGGCUGCACAGACACGUGCGAGUGCAGCGCUGGCUUCAUCCUUGUCUACGACGCCGACUCAGCCGACUGUCGGCCAUGCGACGGCGUGACGGAGUUCUCCCCAUCCGUUGGCGGCAGCAAGUACGAGCCCAUUGAGGAGUGCGAGCGCGGCCAGGAGGAGGUCGCCGCGCCAACCCGCUGUUCAUCGGACCGCGUGUGUCACGACUGCCCGGCCGGCACCAUCGACUCGGACAGUGACGGCUCCACGGGUUGCGAGCCACAUGCGAGCUCCGACAGCUCCUGCUCCAGGUUCACCUACCACGCAGGCACCCACCACGACCACGACAGCGACCCCGCCACGCCGUGCAACGACGUCACAGAGUGCGCGCCCGGGUUUGAGCAGGUGCAGGCCAUGACACUCCUCAUCAGCGACUGCGUGUCUGCGACGAGUGCCCGGAGGGCACGUACAAGGCUGUCUCUGGCCAGCCAGGGCGUGCCCUGCCUCCCCGUCACCACGUGCGACGCCAGCGAGGAGGAGACGGCCGAGUCCACCCCAACGAGCGACCGCGUGCGCAGCCUGUGCGAGCUUGAUGCCACCUUCAAGUCCGUUGACGGCCAGGCCGAGUCAUGCCGCCCCGUCACGCAGACACGUGCGUGCCUGUGUCGCGUGCGCGGCCUCGGAGUACAUUUCCACGCACGGCCGUGA